AUGGCAAAGUGCGGAGGAUGUGGGAAGUUCUUACCCACUACGGGGACAGACAUAAUUGUCUGCAGUAAGUGCGAUUCCCAAUAUCAUCGAGAAUGUGCGCGCUUGACACGUACAAAUAAAGCACCACGCGAGUGGGUAUGCCCGGCGUGCUCGUCCAAAAAGUCACGCACCCCUCAAACCGUCACAGACGCGAGUUCAAGCUCGGCACAAUCUUCACCUGUUGAUACAGGUAUAUUACAAGCAAUCGAAUCUGCUGUUGCUCGACAGUUUGAGAAGUUCGACAAGAAAUUCGCGGAAUUGUCAAAAGACCUGGCUUUCCUUCGCGAAAUCGGAGAAAGAGUGGCAGCUCUAAGUAGUCUGUGUGACGGCCUCCAAACUCAAAUACACUCGAGCAAAGAUCAGUACCUUAAGUUAGAAGUCGAGAACAGGGUAUUGCGGUCAACAGUGCAGGACUUAUCGACUAGACUUACCUUUGUAGAACAGCAAUCACGACAAAAUAAUAUAGAAAUAACCGGCUUGCCGGAGAACAAGUCUGAGAAUCUUAUUACCACUGUCGUUCAAUUGAAAAGCAUCGUGUCAUCAAGUAUCAAAGAAAGCGAUAUAGUGUCAGUUGUACGAACCAGGAAGACAGACAAGAAUAGCAACCGACCUCGAGCAGUUGUCGUCAAGCUAAGCAGCAUUAAAGCCAGAGACGAUUUGUUGGCAUCAGUUACCAAAUUUAAUAGAGCUAACAAAGACGGUAAAUUAAGCUCUCAGCAUCUCGGUUACGGCGGUACGGUUAGUCCUGUCUUCGUGGCAGAGCAUUUAUCACCAGCGAACAAAAUUCUUCACGCUGAAACGCGGAAAUUUGCUCGGGAGAAGGGAUUUAAAUUCGUCUGGGUGCGUGACGGAAGAAUCCUCGUGCGUAAGCACGAAGGGGCUCCUGCAAAACAAAUUAGAAACUUGGAUUCGUUGAAAGUCCUUCAAGAAUAA